UCACGUGACUGUAAUGCAAACAGAUUGCAUUUAUUACUGUGGUGAUCUUCUGUUGUGUAGUGUUCUUUUUUGAUUUAUUGUACAAGAGAUAAAUCAUUCCUUCAGGAGAAAUAGAAUAAUGGAGUCGUCUGAUAAAAACUGUACUGAUAAUCAAGAAAAAGAAUACAAGAAUGAUAAUAAUGAUGAUGAUGAUGUUCAUCAUAUGGAAGGAGUCAAUGAAACAACAUGUCUGCCAUUGGAACAGGACUCAGAGGAGAUGAAGGAAGCAGAGAAGGCUGAUAGUGCAAAAGACACUGAUGUUACUAACAAUUCAAAUAGUUCAGUACAAGGUGAACAAGUACUGUGUAUGUUGAAUCUUAUGCCAAGGAAGAGGAUCAGAGAAGAGAGUCAAGACACUGAUGUACUGGAGGAGUGGAAAGCAAAGCAAGUAAAAGAAGACAUAGGCCAGACAGAGGGUUCUAAUGUGACUCCACCUCCAGCGGUCUCCGCCUCUCCGUCUAAAGAAUCCAAUACCCAUCCCUCUUCACUAUCACAACUCUUUAAAAAAGAUCCAGAUUUCGUUUUAUCUUUAUUGUCAAAAGCUGUAUCAAUGGACUCUUUAUCACUUCUCCUUAAGACUGAGCACCAGAAUAAUGCAGCCCAGCUCAAGAAUCUAAAGGAAAAAGUUGAAAAGGCUCAUAGUGUGCUAAGUCAAUGUGCUGGUCGUAGAGAGUUUUUGCUGAAAUCAGUUGAUGAGGUGACUAAAGAUAUACAAGCAAAGCGAUCGCAACUUGCUGCAACCAGAGAAGAACUCCGUGAGAUGAGCAUGCACGAAGGCCAAGUCAAGCAAAAACGAGACUUGGCCUCACAAAAGUGUUUGGAUCUUCGGAAGAAAGUCCGCGCUUGCCGUGAUACUGUGCAGCAGCUGCAGGGCUUGUACGGGAAGAAGAGAAAGAGCAGCGAAAAGACCUUUAAGACUCGUACAGUGGAGACAUGAUCCAUCUACUAUCAGACAUAUGAUGAGAGUUAACCAAUUAUUAUUAUUUUUGUCCAAUAAAAUCAGUUUUAUUAAAAGGAUGCAUGCAUUCUCUAUGUGUGGGUAGUGCUCGGUAAAUUAAGCAUCGAUAGUAUAUAUAGUCCAGUGGCUUCCUUUUUUUAAAGGUGAAGCAUAAGUUCGAGACAAGAACAAAACUCAAAGGGAAUGGCAGAAGCUAAGAUAGCAGCUCAUCAAGCUGCUCUUAGUAAGAGCGCCGUCAUAAAGGAAGGCUAUCUUGUCAAAAAGGGUCACAUAAGACACAACUGGAGAACAAGAUGGUUCAUACUCAACAAGACUUCACUUAUCUACUACAAGAAUAGAGAGGAUUCACAUCCCAAGGGACACAUUACUCUAAUUGGAGCAGCUCUGGAUUGCCCGACAUUUAGUAAAGUCAAAAAAAGAUGGCUACUCAAGCUAACAACCGCCGAAGGAAAGGAGUACAUGAUCGAAGCACCUGAUCAAAUCUCAAGGAGCGAGUGGCAGCUGGCAAUAGAGGAAAGAAUAAGAAGGCUUGACCCAUCAAAGCUGGAGGAAAGUAAACGUUUAUCGACCUUUGAAAGGGGCAGGAUUACCCUAAGACGAUCGUUCUCCAAGUCACAAAAUGACGAAGAGAUAUCCAAACAAAGGGACAUUGUUCAAGCAAUGCAAGACCCAUCAGCUGGUGUUUGCUUGAGCGAGAUAAAACGAGGAAGACAUAUUGAUAAAUAUUUCAAUGGUAAAGAUGCUAUUGAUUGGAUUAUUUCGUGGUUUUUUGCUCGUGACAGAGAAGAAGCCAUUUCACUAGCUGGUGAUAUGCUUAGGAAUGGCUUCUUUCAUGCAAUAGAGGAAGAAGGAGAAGGACGAAGGAAGUUCCAUCAAAGCACUAUUGCAGCUGACAAAGGAAAAUUCUCCGUAUUUCAAGACUUGGAGAGUGCAAGAUAUAUAUUUGUCUCCUUUAAUCCAGUUCAAAAGGUUAAACUGUUUACUGCUAGUGAUGAUGGUGGAGAAGCUACUGAUGAUGACGCCUUCUGGAUGGCAGCCAGUGACUCAUUUCUACCAGAUGCUACUAAAAACAGAAGUGUUUCUAUGGAUUCAACAGACUCCUUACCUGGGGAUAAAGAUGAUAAAAUUAUCAGGCAAGGCUUUCUUCUCAAAAGGGGUCAUGUGAGAAAAACAUGGAAGAUUAGAAGAUUUGUCCUCAGAGAGAAAUCUACAUAUCUUUGCUAUUACAAGACAGAAACGAUACAAAAUGAUCCACAGGGAGCUAUCCCAUUACCAGGCUCCACUGUUUCAAUAAUUACUGAUGACAUAGAAUCUUCAUCAUCAUCUAUAGAAUAUUCCACAUCUCCUCUUACAGGAUCGGCAUCUUCAAAGAGCGGAUCUUCACCAGUAAAGCAGAGUAUAGAGAAGAGACCUUAUUUAUUCUGCGUGCUAACCCAGUCUGGUGUUAAGUAUUUCAUUCAGGCAGCAUCAGAGAAAGAGAGGUCAGACUGGGUUAAUGACAUUGAAUAUCACAUUAAAAGAGUAACACUAACUGGAUUAUAUUGAUGUCACCUUUUUAUUAUCAUUUAUGUGCCUUCUCAAUUUAACUUAACUCAUUGUUGACUGCAUUGAUUUUAUGG